AUGGAAGACAAGAGCUCGGGUUCAGAUAUCCUUGGUGCAGGAUUUGAGCAUGUCAAUAUCGUACUUGAUGAGAUUGGCGGCGUUGUACGUUUCAACGAAUCUCUGUCCGAAGAAGACGAUCGAAGAAUUCUUCGCAAGAUUGAUAUGUGUUUGCUACCUGUACUGGCAUUAUCCUACCUUUUCCAAUUUCUAGACAAGACAGCAAUGAGUUAUACGUCAAUCCUCGGUCUUCGAACAGAUCUCCAUCUCAUCGGACAAGAAUAUUCAUGGGCAUCGAGUGUCUUCUUCUUCGGAUACAUGGCAUUUUCGUAUCCGGCUUCAAUCUUGAUGGUCCGAUUCCCAGUAGGAAAGUUCCUGUCAAUUUCAAUUUCUGUGGCUGCCAUAUUGAUGUGUACUUCUGCUGCUACCAACGCAGCUGGUCUGCAGAGUGCUCGAUUCUUUCUUGGGGCUAUGGAAGCAGCGGUAACACCAGGCUUUAGCAUCAUCACUUCGAUGUUUUAUAAACGCACGGAACAACCGCUUCGGUAUGCAGCCUGGUUUCUGGGCAAUGUGACAGCAGGAAUUCUCGGCGGCCUUCUGUCAUACGGAAUAGGACACGUACAAAGCAUUCAGCCUUGGAAGGCUGUCUUCCUCAUUUUUGGUGCGGCAACACUCACCUGGUCUUGUAUGUUGUUUGUGCUGCUCCCAGAUACUCCGAUGAAAGCCUGGUUUCUCUCCAACGAAGAUCGCAUGAAGGCUGUUGAGAGGGUGCGACAUAAUAUGACUGGGAUCAAGAACAACCAAUGGAAGAGAUCACAGGCUGUGGAAGCUUUGCUAGACCCAAAGUCAUGGCUCAUUGUCUUGAUUGCGUUGUGUGCGAACAUCCCUAACGGGGCCAUCAGCACAUUUUCCGCAAUUGUCAUCAACGGAAUGGGCUUCUCCGUGCUCAACACUCUACUGGUCUCCAUGCUCGCAUUCGUCUUCCAGGGUAUUUUUGUAGUGUUGGCGUGCGGUGGUAGCACUUUGCUGGAGAACACAAGAACAUUCUUCAUGGCAUUGAUGAUGAUGAUAUCAAUCGUCGGAGCAGUUCUGAUACGGCAGAUACCGCAUCAGUAUAUCUGGACCAGAUUGAUGGGAUACUGCUUGCUUUCAGCCUUCUCUGCCAACCUCCCUCUGGUUCUAUCCCUUGUCGCCUCCAACACGGGAGGCUUCACAAAAAAGACUACUGUCAAUGCAAUGAUUUUUAUUGCGUACUGCGUUGGUAAUAUCGUUGGGCCCCAAUUGUUCUUUGCGAGGGAGGCGCCCAAUUAUGGUUCUGCAUUUGCGUCGAUGUUCGUAUGCUUCUCCGUAGGCAUAGCAUUGAUUAUUCUGCUGAGGUUUUAUCCCAUUUGGGAGAAUCGAAGGAGGGAUGGACUUGGAGAAGUGGUUGUGGAGCAUCUGAAUGGCGUUGAGUUGUUAGCGACUGCUCUAAAUUUGCUGGAUAAGACCGAUCGCGAGCUGGGACGAUUCAGGUAUGUGUAUUAG